AUGUGGUUCAAAUCAAGGAAACGUGUGGCCGUGCCUCAACCGGUCGGCCGCCUCGAGAAGUCGAAAUACAACAAAGUCAAGAAGUCGGGUACCGCUCGAAUUUUGUGGUCCUCUCUCUACUGUUCGUUCGGGCGAGGCGACCUGAAAGCCGCGUCUAAAGAUGGUUCCUUUUACUCUCGGCCCUCUACAAAACUGGUUGCGGUGAGUAAAUCCCCUGUCAAGACGCGGGAUCUCACGGCGGAGGCCAAUCGGGUCCCAUCCGGUUGUGUUAACCGUGUACUCCCAGCCAUUCCACAACUACAGACGAAAGAUUGCUUCCCCCCGAAUGGAGUGUCUCCUCUUCCCGAGGUAUACUUCAUGCGGAGGGCCUUCAAAAGACAAGCUCCAGGAGGAGACCUUUAUCCAGAAUUUUUGGACCUGAUGGAGCCCAAGAACAAGCUCGCUCGUCUGAGU